UGCGGAAUGAGAUAGACAGAGAGGCACAGAAGAGACAGACAGACAGACAGACAGGAUUGUGUGCUCAAGAUCUUGGAAUCCUCGUGACUGGGGAAAACUGCCCGUUGUGUCUCGUGUUUUUGUGCGUUUGAAAAGCAACAGUGGUCACUUGGAAUCGUGAAUAUUCUAUCGGAAUUACGCGUUUGUGCUUCUGAUGAGAGUGAUGUAUGAAGAGAAUGCUAUAUCCACUGUCACAAGACAUUAUUGUUAUUGAGGUGUUAUAUUUUUUUUAACCAGUGAAUAUACUUUGUUAUUUAAAGGGUUUGAAGUUUUGCUUGGCUUUUGAAAUGAAUUCCAGUGAAAACCUUACAUUAAAAAUGUGCCCUGCAGGGCGCAAGUGUAGACCUUGAAAAACUAAUUAUUAUACCAACGGAAAGGUACUAGUACAGUAGAUGCAAAAACUCAAGCUCACGCUUAUGAUAUGUGACUCUUUCCCGACCCUCUCCCCCUAGGGCAUGGAGGAAUAACUUUGAGGUGCCAUUACUUAAUACAGAAUUACAAGACCAGCAAAUAUGAUGGACAUUUUGAAGGGCGGAGGUGCGAGUGGAGGAACCAUGACUCGCAGUGGAAGGCAGUGUGUCUCCGAAGCCGAGGAUGGCCCCAUGCGGAGCAAGAGAAGCGAGGGCGACGGAGAUGAAUCCGGUGGAUGGGUCAGCGGUGAAGGGGGGGGUAGGAGGAGGAAGUCUGUAGGGGAUGGAGAUAAUCCUCAGCUUCAUCGCGGGGUGGGCGACGGUAAAGAGGGUGGGAGGGAUGGGCCAAGAUGGAGAGAUUACGUAGAUAGAAGAGACAUCAAAUCGUGGCUCUGGAAGAGGUUUUCAGAUGACAAAAGUGGUUCCAAGGUGGAUACUCAGGGGAAACCAGAUGCAUCUGUACCUACCAGCAGCACCAGUGCAGUUAGCAGGGAAGUUAAUAAGUUGAGUACCUUCUAUGUUGGCACAUCACAAGUCAGCUCUGGACCAUCUGUUCCUUUUCAGGAAAAGUCAGUCACGAAGCCAAGCGCACCAAAACCCGUUGCUCUUAAACCUGUGUGGUAUCCUCCUUUGCCAUCUUCAAAACCCAGUUUAAGAUCUGACUUGGAUGGAGGGAAAGCUUCAUCAAAAUCAGGCAACAAGACAGUAGAUCGGUCAAGUCUGAAGUCGACAAAACUUGGUGCUUCCUCUGGUGGUCAGCGUCCUGCCCUGCUUCCAAAGAGUACAAAAUCAGAGAAUUCAGAUGCGGCUCUUAAACCCGUGUAUCAAGACAUUAUUCGCGGUGCUGGAACCGCUGUGACAUCACAGCUAUAUGAUCAACAAAGACAGCAAGAAUAUCAGCAGAGGUUGAAGUUGCACCAGCAACAGAAGUUGCAGUUGUACCAAGCACUGGUGAAGAGACGUGCAUUGGCCAGCGCUGCAGAACCAGAGCAGCAGCAGUUGUCGUCACAUCAGUUGAAUCAGAUAGGGAAGGCAGUUGAUAGUGAACAGUGUGUUCAACAGAACCAAAAUAUUUUGAAAGAUCAGUCAAACAUAUACCCUGUAAGAAAAGACCUAAAAUUAGGAGCUCAGACUGAAGAAGUCUAUCCUAUUCAGAAAGUUUUGCGAAGUCAAAUUUCUAGCGAAGUUUUUAAUGAUCAGAAACAGCAGGAUUAUCCUGGCCAGGAACAAAAUACAUUAACAACCUUUUCAAGUCAAUAUCCUACUCGGUUUGUUCAGCAAAAUUCUUCAAAUUGCACUCGACCCAGUUGGAUUAAAGAAGGCAGUCAACCGCAGCAUCAUGCUGUGCUCAAGCAACAAGCACUUUAUUCUGAAAAGACAGAUGAAGUGAAACAAUCCAAUCAAGUUCAGAAUUACCCUAUGCAGAACAAGGAAUCCAAUCAGUUUACAGAACAAGUUUCAAAUAAACAACCACAUUCUCUUUCAACAAAGAAUGACUUUGGAGCCAAUUUAUCUAAAAACUCAACUUCUCAUCUGUUUCCUUCUGGACCUUCAGUGCAACCAGCUUACAUAGCUAAGAUGAUUUCGAAUACAAGUGUAGUCCCAUGGUUACAACUUCUGCAGUCUCAUGGCAAUAAUUUUACUCAAGCUUCUAAAGACAAUAGUGCUGAAGUGAUGCAAGGUUGCUUGUCAAAAAGCACUCAACAAAAUGAGAUGCCUCAGUCAGAAAAUGUUUUUCGGUACUGCAAACCAGGUGCCAACGACUUGUAUAAACAGAACUUGUGUGACUUCCGCGGUUCCAGCCAUCCACCGCCCUCAAGGUAUAAUGUACCUGUUGGAUCCAAUGCACAAGAGAGAGGUGUAACAAAAGGUAAUGUUCCUACACCAGUGCCCAGAUCAUUCAGUUUAGAGUCCAGUGUGCCAAGCAUUCCUACUUCUGUCAAGUCAUCUAGUGUUGAUAAGCCCAAGGCACAUUAUGCUGUUUCUGCUACUGUAAGCUGUCCUACAUCUCUUGUGGAAACAGCAACAACAAAAUCUGUGGAGGCUUCUACUUCACACAGUCCAUUUAAUCCUUUCAUCCAUGAUUUUAGUGCAACAUCGUCAAACUGUAUGUCCAUCUCAACUCAAUCAAUUACAAAGUCCAAUCUACCACCACCGAAACCCCCUCGUUUAUGUCUUUUUUAUGACGACCAUCGUAUUGAGAGUAAGCCUUCUUCAAAGUAUUUGAGCGCUGAUGUUUUUUCAAGCAAACCUGUUUAUUUGAAUCCACCUACAACCUCUGUUCAGGUAUCCAAAAGUCUUGCGGCAAAACAUGAUCCAUUCACUCCAGCAGGUGCUUCAUCUAAAAGUUCUGCAUUGAACCAGAUGAAUCCAAAUUCCAAAACAUCUAUUGAUGCCAGUGAGAAAUUUGGAAAUGCAUUUGUCGAGCAAUUCCAUAAAUUUUCUGUGAGAAACUCAAACCAGAAUCUUAUUAAAUCAGACUUGCCAAAGGCAGAGAAAGUCAAGUCAUCUUUUAAAAUGUCUCUGAAGCCCCCUAAUCCAAGGUAUUGCCCAUUGCGAUCAAAAAUUCCGCCGCCCAAGCCUAAGAGGAGCAGGAGAUAUUCCAUCAACUCUAAAGUUCUCAGUCACCCUGUGAGUCACGUAAGAAGUUGUUCUCCAGGUCCUUUUAUAAGACAGAAUAUAUUGCAUGGUUUAUUGAAUGAAAAUGAGUUAAGCCACCUCUCAAAGAGGAAAGAUGCUGUUCAACUGAAGCCUGAGAGCAAGGAGAAAGCUACAGGAUCGAUUAGGAGGGGUACUCUCCGACGCAACUCUCUCCGAACAGUCAAUAGAAGGCAGCCCGUUCCUAAGAAAGGUAUAAUGAAACACCCAAACCAAAGAACCGGUGAAGUUGGACAAAGCCUACAGGUCAGCAAGAUUCAGGAGCAGAUUUGUCAUUCAACAGCAGUCAACCAACCUAUGAAAAGCAGAGUUCUAUCGGCAAAUAAAAAUGAAAAUCUAACGAAACCACCCAUUAGGGACAAAGGGCUUGAGAUGUUUGAAGAGAGAAAUAGAAGACUGUCAUUGGAGGAAGGCAGUGAAGAUGAAAACAUCAAGGAAGAAAAGACAGGCAAGGUAUCGCUGGAGAGCUUUCGCAGGGAAGUCGUGAGAGAAGGAAGAGAAAAAUUCAUGGCACUGGAAGCUAAGAAAGAGAAUAUCUGUACGACUCUUCCCAGUGCUGAGAAAGUACUCCACCAGGAAACAGCUGAGAAGGCAGAUGACAUGAUGAAAUCGCAGCCUCCCCGCCACGUGCGAUUUGGCGAAGUGACCAAGAUAUAUGAAUUUACAGAAGCUGCGAGGCUACGCUUAGCAGCUGCUAAUAAGAACCCCACUGCGGGUAUGAGGACUCCUCUGACAAGACACAGAAGAGUUGGGUCUGAUCCUGUUUUAAUUAUGCCUGACCCUGACCCUGCACCAUUAUGUACCCCAUCAGAUCCUAUUCACGAAUCUCUCUUUUGUAAAUCUCACAAAGCCAGGGAAACAGAGUACAACAGUGAUACUUACGUCACAAUGAGGGAGAUUGCAGAACAGCCUAAGGUUCCUGGAGUGUACUUGGAUGAUGACUUUCAGAUGAUCCUUUGGGAAAAGCUUCGUCUCAAGCGGAUCAAAGAGAACUUGAGGUCGUCGUCUAGCUGUGAAGAUUUUUCCUCCGGCGAUCGUUUCAGGGGUGAAAAUCAGGCACGUUGUAAUUCUGCCGCAUCGGGUGCGUCCGACAAAUGCCAAGGUUACCCAAGACCCUGGUUUACACCUGGACCCCAUGCACCUCUGCAGAGGAGUGCUUCUGACAACAUUGGCAGUCUGUGCCAUCCACUGUACGAGAAAGAUGAUCCUGUUGCUCAUUCAUUCUGGCACUCGAAAGCACAGUCAGACUUAGCUGUGGAAAUGAGUGGUUGCGACAGGAGUGCUGACGUACCAGACAUGUUUGCAGAUAAUCCCAUGUACGGACAAAUUUAUCCCAAUGAUGUAAUGCCAAAAACCAGUACACUUUCCUCUGUUCCACGUAGAGCUAUCGCUUCACAUCAAAAUUAUGACUGUGUUAAAAAAUUUCUGUCCAGUUCCGUUACGCCUCGCGGAUCAAAUCACACUAAAAUAACAGAAAUUGCAAGGUGUAUGUGUCCAGAAUGUGGCCCAAAUAUUCCAAAGCAGAAUAAAUUUGGGUGUUACGACAGUGAUACCUGUCGUCCAAGUGCUGUACAUAAGCUCAUAGCUACGUUUGACGGGCCGUGCGUCAAUCAGCCAUCAAGAAGUAGUCCUCCCCAGAAUGUUGGCUACCAAGGCAAACAGCCAUUACAUAGGUCCCCUAGAUUUAGUCGAGGUUUUUUGCACGGCCAUGGCUUCAGCAAUUCAUCUUUCCAAGGCAACCUGCGCUCUAGUCCCAGCCCUCCAAAGAGACCCCCGAAAUUUUAUAUAUCGGAAUCCGAAAGUGAAAACGAGAACGCCAACCACCCUGCGGAAGAGACUCGUUUCAACGUGUUAAGAGAAAUCAACAAAGAGUCCUCGGAUGAACCUGAGUGGAGAGUUUCGAUCUUGCAGGCGCUGAAGAGCUUGGAAGAAAGUGGCAAAACGCGAACGGCUGUCAGUGCAUCGGUGACCAUGACCAAAGUCAGCCCGUCUUGUCACGUGACAAACUGGCCCACCGACGCUCAGACCCCUGAUGUGAUGAGACGCCCCGCAUUGGUCAGGUCUUUAUCUGGUCCAGACGUCUUGGAAUCGUGCAAUGCCCACAACAUGUCAGUCACUCGUCCCCCUCUCACCCACAAGCCCUUACGCCACACUGCCUCCCAGUCGUGCGUGUCCUCGCCGAAGUGUCAGGAUCGACUCGAUCGCAGAAAGUUCUGGCCUCAGAAUCCACCUGUUCCUGCUGUAGACGACAGAGGGACCACAACAGUGACCUAUGCCAACGAUCCCUUCGUGGGGUCGUCCAGCUUUGACGCUGCUGAAGCCUCCCACUUCUAUGAUCAGGUCAAAACGCCGCCCCAGCAUCUGCGGACGUCUUCCCUCGGGGAAGACGUUUCAGCCACGGUGCACGGCGGUCACGUGCAUUCACGUGCAUCUUCUCUCGUGCAGCCGGGUCCUGCGUCCGUGUGCGAGAAUAGAUGCGACAGAAUUGCUUCUGAAGGCGCUGCCGAGUGCCCCCUGGCCACCAGUUCGCCCAAGACGCCUAGGAGGUCUUUUGACAGGGGCGAUGAUGACAGCUUGGGGUGCGGGCUGAGCUACCUGCCAUCCACUGGAUCAUCUUCAUCGGGGGUGUUGCAGUCAGCUACGCCGCCCCCUCCACCCUCCAACAUGAGCAGUGGAUGUGGUUUGCCCACGACGACUACACCCUCAAUCAUCAACUCCCAUCAUCCUCCAGCCUUGCCCCCUCACAGACCGCACUCGUAUCUUCCGCACCACAUGGGCAUUUCACAGGAAAAUGGGGGAGGAGGUGGUGGGGGCAGUAGUGGUGGAGGGAGUGGGGGAAGUGGGAGCAGUAUAGUGUCGGGCCAGCGUGUUGGAUCGCCCGAACGGCCCGAGAAGAGCAUAAAAGUCCACGUGAAUUCCACCUUCAACAUAGUCAAAUUUGGCGACGGAACGGAUGUCAAGGAACCAAGCAUUAAGGGAAUCAUAAGCGUAGUCAUCAGCAGACAAGCGCCGGGCCCUCGCCAGUAUGAAAGUAUGUUCGCCAUCAGAUUGCGGAAUACGAUCACUGGAGAGGUCCAUUGGCUGCACCAGGACCUUACAAUGUAUCAGGUAGAAGAAAAGUACCCAGAUUAUCAUGGAGAGGAAUGGAGAUUUGAGCUACGAGUACGAUACGUUCUUUCUGAUCUCCACCAACUCUACGAUAAGGACCGAAGUACCUUCUGUUACUAUUAUGAACAGGUGAAAAAUGACUACUUGGAAGAUGAGGGAAGAGGAAAUGAAGGUGUGGACCAAGACUCAGCUAUUCAGUUGGCGUGCAUAGAAAUUAAACGGAUGUUCAAAGACAUGAAUGGCAGUACUUUGGAGAAGAAGUCCAACCUGGAGUACUUAGAGAAAGAAGUGGGCCUUCAUAAAUUUUUACCGUCGUCUAUACUGAAUACCGUUAAGUCUAAAACGCUACGAAAGUCUUUACAGCAACAUUUCAAAAAGUACGGCCAGCUGUCUGAGUCUGAAUGCCUCUUCAAGUUUUUAGAAUUAUUAGGCAAGAGCAGAAAGUACGACCAAGAAUCAUUCCGCUGUGCAUUAGGGUCCGGCUGGUCUAUACCAGUGACACUUCUGGUUGGUCCAUCUGUAGGUAUAUCCUACACUACAGAUUCUGCAUCAAAACCUCACCACAUGGCCAGUUUUGAGCAGGUACAAAGUGUCGAAACACUUACAACAGACUGUGAUACGCAUCGAAAAGCUCUUGUUCAGCUAAAGGUGGCUGGAACAGCAGAAGCACUUACUGUUACUUGCCCCAGCAUAGCUGCGGCAGAGAGUCUUGCCGAUCUGAUUGAUGGUUACUGCCGUCUUGUGAAUAAUACUAGAACAUCCCUCUGGAAUACUAAAGUUCAUGUUUGGAAGUCUUUACCAUGCCCGUGCCAGACACCACAAGAAGUGAGUGGGUCUGGUAGUAGCAGUUCACGACAAAGCUCUGAAACAGGUGGGGAGUCACGGAAGGCUGGUGGAGGUUCGGAAGACUAUGCAGAGAUUGUAGAUGAUGAGGGAGAUUAUUCAACACCUGCAACCAAAGAUUAUGAAUUAGAGAGAAGUAAUAUAACCGUAGGAGAUAUAAUAGGAGAAGGGCAGUUUGGAGAUGUCCACACGGGAACUUUCUGUUCCAGGGAUGGCUCCAACGUCCCUGUUGCCAUUAAAACUUGUAAAGUAGAAUCUGAAUUGGCAAUGGCAGAGAAAUUUUUAGAGGAAGCAUAUAUUAUGCAACAGUUUGAUCACCCACACAUUAUCAAGCUGAUAGGGAUUUGUUCCGAGUCCCCUAUUUGGAUUGUGAUGGAGUUAGCUCGAUAUGGUGAAAUGAGGGCCUAUCUUCAAAACAAUAAAGACAAAUUAAAUCUAGCCACACUAGUCCUUUACGCUUUCCAGCUUUCUACGGCGCUCUCAUACCUGGAGAGUAAAAAGUUUGUUCACAGGGAUAUUGCUGCCAGAAAUGUUCUCGUGUAUUCACACGAUUGUGUAAAGUUGGCUGAUUUUGGUCUUUCCCGAUGGGUAGAGGAGCAGAGUUAUUACAAAGCAAGUAAAGGGAAGUUGCCCAUCAAGUGGAUGGCUCCAGAAUCCAUUAAUUUUAGAAGAUUUACAAGUGCCAGUGAUGUGUGGAUGUUUGGUGUUUGUAUGUGGGAAAUCCUCAUGCUUGGAGUCAAGCCUUUCCAGGGAAUUAAGAAUAAUGAUGUCAUCAAGCGCAUUGACAAUGGGGAGCGCUUGGCCCUACCUGCAAAUUGCCCUCCACGGCUUUACUCCUUGAUGUCUAUGUGUUGGACAUAUGAACCUUCCAAACGGCCUUCAUUUAAAGAUAUUAAAGAAGCUCUAAGUGAGAUCCUUCGUGAGGAGCGAAUGCAGCAGCAUGAAACGAUGAGAAGGGAAAAUCGUAGAAUACAAGGAAUGUCUUGGGGUCCUGUUGAUGAGCCCCCACCUAAGCCGUCUAGAGUUCCAAUUAUGUCUGGUGGGCGUGGGCUUGCUUCCACUCCUCCUCCACCUUCUGGUUUAGUGUCGCCACCUCUCUACGCCCCCUCGCAGGUCAGUAAUAGUGGCCCUACCACGUACAUCGUCGCCCAGAACCCUGAGGUGCUAAGUCAGUUGAUGCGAGACAACCACAACCGUGCAGCCAACGCCCCUGGCUCCUAUAUUUCCCCAGCCUCGGCCAUCAACACACUACCCGUAGAUUUUGUGUCCUCGCCCCGAUCGCCCCCCGCCGCCACCUCACAGUCAAACCCUCAUUCCCCUUUUUCAACACUUUCUCAUCCUCAUUCUUCUCAUUCUAUGCCAUCUCAUCAGAGUGGUAGUGGUCACUACUCUCCUCACUCCACACUCUCCGCUCCUCACUCACCCUUGGGUUCUCCGGUGGGUGCCUCCGCUAGACGACGAGGCGGCAGGGGCGGGACUCUAGAGCGAGGAGCAUCUGCCACAGCCGGAGGCUGGGGAGGUGCCACUAGUUCAGGAGGCUCAGGCUCCCCGUCACCAGUACCAUUUUCGCCACCAUCUACAUUAGUUAAGCGACAGGGAAGCCAUCAGAGCGACUCCGGAGAGUGGUUGAGUGGCGCAGGAAGUGCCGGCCUUAGUGCAGAUGCUGCUGAACUGCAGAGUAAACUCUUGGAACAGAGAUUACGGCAGCAGCAGAAGCAGACGGAGGAGGACAACAGAUGGCUGGCUCAUGAAGAAAACAACAUGCAAGUUGAACCGACGCCUACUGCCGAUUUAGACAGGACUGAUGAUAAGGUAUAUGCAUCAACAAUACAAGUAGUGAAAGCGAUAACUGCUCUAACCCACGACGUGAAAGAAGGCCAAUCUCAUACUUACCUUGACCACGUUAAAAAGGUUGGUUUGGAAUUGCGAGAUCUCCUUGCUACUGUUGAUGCGCUGAUGGCCGCCAUUCCACCUGCAUCACAUAGAGAAGUUGAACUUGCUCAUAAAGUAUUAUCCAAAGAUAUGACAGACCUUGUACAGGCUUACAAAUUAGCCCAGAAGUAUGGGAGUACCACACUAGAUGAAGAAUAUCGCAAGCAAAUGCUGUCUGCUGCUCAUGUCUUGGCUAUGGAUUCCAAGAAUUUGUUGGAUGUCAUUGAUGGCGUGAGAGUGAAACAUGGCUUAGCAACCUACAUGCCUACCAGACAUUCCGCCGAGUGAUCUUUAAGCAAAGGAAAAUAGUUUUUCCCGUGCAUUUUAGACAAGAAAGCAAAGACUUUAGGAACUAAGGCUAAAAAGACCCUUUGGAAACAAAUUGAGUACCUGCUUGACUUGUCCAUGCUAAAGUGAGAGAACUUACAAAUUAGAUAUUAAGUGUUAAAUGCAGACUACUACUACAGUGUGUAUCUUGGGAGGACAUAAAUGCCUUUCUCACAGUUAUGCGGACACUAGAGUGCACUAAAUAUUUUUUUUUUCUCGUGGUUCGGGAUAGGCGAUUGCCAAAUCUUUUCCCCUACGGAUGAGUGAGCACAUUAUAGUCAGUGCCAUUCAGCUGUAGUGUGAAGAGUUCAUUUCAAGGUGACCAAGAUCGACUGAGGUUGUACGCAGGGUAUACAUAUUCCAGAAACUCAGUUUAGUGGCUACAAGAAUCAACUAGGAAAUGGUGCGUGAUGUGGUUUUCGUGAUCGCCGAGAAGUUCGUGUGUAUGAUGUUCAUAAAGAGGAACUCUAGAUUCUGUAUAUUUUACCCAUUUGUUGUCUUCGCUGUCCUUUACUAAAUUCACCCAAUAAAUUUCUUUCCUUCACAGUUACGCAAACUGUGAUCGGACGACGAGAACUUUGUUCGGCGUAAUGAUAUGCUUGCUGAUAAAGCCAUAUCAGUGAAGUUAUAUUACUAAGAUGAAAUUGUUUACACUAAUCAUUUAUGAAUAGAUCAUUCAUGCCAUGUCCUUUGUGUCAAAGCUUGCUGCUCUGUAGUCAGAUGUGCUCCGUAGAAUGUGUAAACAUUCUUGCGGACAGUUGAUCUAGCCAUUGCCGAUGUGCUUCUGUCUGUCUAAGGAGACAAAAAGUGAAUGAGAAAGCUUUGUAAUUAAGCAGUAUUCUUGAGCACUUUUUCAUCUGUGACAAGAAGAUUACAUCCUGAUGUGUAUUUUUGUAGCAAGUUCUCGUGUAUUUCCACUCAUGUCUUAUAAAUACAGUAUACAUAUAUAUAUAUAUGAAUAUGUACUAUAUGAAAUUUGUGGUGUAAAUAUUACAUAAUUCUUGAGUGUAAUUAUUUAAUUUGACAGCCUCAAUAAAUUCUUUAUUGAGUUAA